GAGGAUUAAAAAAGGGAAAUCGAAAAGGAAAAUGGCGCGAAUAAAAUGACGACCAAGUAAACGGGGAGGUCUUCAUUAUUAUAUAAUUUCUGACAUCUCGACUGGUUCAGCGAUUGUGGCUGCUCUUUUCUUCAAGCCUUUAAGGAUAGUAAAGUUGCUGAUUUCAUCUUCUGGCUACACCAAUUACAAUGAAAACUGAGGGAAAGGACUCUAAACUCAAGCUUAAGCUCUCUCUCCCUCCUCCUCCUCCUCAAGGAGUUUCCUUCGCUGAGUUCCUAACCCCUAGCGGUACAUUUCUCGAUGGGGAUCUGAGAGUGAAUCGCGAUGGAAUUCGAAUUGUCUCCCAAAGCGAAACCGAAGCUGCGCCCCUUAUUAGGCCAUCAGAUCAACAGUUGGCUUUGGCUGACUUAGAAACCAUUAAGGUCCUUGGAAAGGGCAACGGUGGAAUUGUGCAGCUGGUUCAACACAAGUGGACUCAGCAGUUGUUUGCAUUAAAGGUUAUGGAGCUGAAGAUUGAGGAGAGCGCAAGGAAAUUAAUUGCUAGGGAAUUAAGAAUCAAUUUAACCUCACAAUGUCCAAACGUGGUCAUGUUUUACGAGUCUUUCUACGACAAUGGCAAAAUUUCGAUUGUCUUGGAGUAUAUGGAUGGUGGAUCUUUGGCUGAUCUUCUCAACAAAGUUAAAAAAAUUGCAGAAGCAUAUCUUGCUGCCAUCUGUAAACAGGUACUCCAGGGUUUAUUGUAUCUUCAUCAUGAAAAACAUAUCAUUCAUAGGGACCUGAAACCUUGUAACAUACUGAUAAAUCAUGAAGGAGAAGUCAAGAUUGCUGACUUUGGUGUAAGUGCAAUAAUGGCAAGCACUUCUGGACAUGCAAAUACUUACGUUGGUACAUACCACUAUAUGUCUCCUGAAAGGAUUAGCAGUGAAGUUAGUGGAGGAGAGCACAACUACAGAAGUGACAUUUGGAGCCUGGGUAUAGUAAUGCUGCAGUGUGCAACUGGUCAAUUCCCAUAUUCUCCGCCAGACCGGAGUGAAGACUGGGCUAGCGUUUAUCAACUUGUGGCAGCUAUUGUUAAGCAACCAGAACCUUGUGCACCCUCUGAUCAAUUUUCCCCAGAGUUUUGCUCAUUCAUAUCUUCAUGUCUGCAGAAAGACCCAACAAAAAGAUGGUCAGCACGUGACCUUCUGGAACAUCCAUUCAUGAUCAGGUAUGGCGACCUGCAAGCAGAAGCCCUCAAAUCUUACUUCACAAACGCAGGCUCUCCAGAAACUUCUAGUAAGUAAGUAUGAUCAGACAGCUCAAGCAUCUCCUCGUGGGUGUUUUCUACCUUAUAUAUAUGUGUGUAUUCUAUGAAUUUGUUGCUCAAGAAAGACAGGGCCACAAAAAAUCUAUCAAUCAGGCAUCGAAUCUAUCUUUGUAUUAAAAUCGCUAGGUUUCUAUUUAUCAACUGUUGAAUAUUAUAGUGCCCUGAUCCGCAUUGAUAAACAGGUGUCUUAUUUGUAAAACAAUAUGUGUAGCUUUAUUUUUUGUCAAGAUAAUAAAAAUUUUCAUUUAGAGAAUUCCUUA